AUGGUGGUUAAAACAUUUAUGGAUAUGGACCAGGAUUCAGAAGAUGAAAAACAGCAAUAUCUCCCUUUAGCCUUGCACCUCUCAUCUGAAUUCUUCCUCAGGAAUCCAAAUAAAGAUGUUCGUCUACUUGUAGCCUGCUGCUUGGCUGACAUCUUCAGAAUAUAUGCACCAGAAGCACCGUACACCUCACAUGACAAAUUAAAGGACAUAUUCUUGUUUAUAACAAGGCAGUUGAAAGGUCUUGAAGACACUAAAAGCCCACAAUUCAACAGAUAUUUUUACCUACUUGAGAAUUUAGCAUGGGUCAAAUCUUACAACAUUUGCUUUGAGUUGGAAGACUGCAAUGAAAUUUUUAUUCAGCUCUUUAAGACUCUCUUCUCUGUUAUAAAUAACAGCCACAACCAGAAGGUUCAGAUGCACAUGUUGGAUUUAAUGAGCUCAAUAACUAUGGAAGGUGAUGGUGUUACACAGGAACUGUUGGAUUCCAUUCUUAUAAAUCUCAUUCCUGCUCAUAAGAAUCUAAACAAGCAGGCUUUUGAUCUUGCCAAAGUACUUUUAAAGAGGACGGUUCAAACCAUUGAGCCCUGCAUUGCAAAUUUUUUUAACCAGGUCUUAGUGUUAGGAAAAUCAUCUGUGAGUGACUUGUCGGAGCAUGUAUUUGAUCUCAUUCAAGAACUGUUUGCAAUAGAUCCAAAUUUAUUGCUUUCUGUGAUGCCACAACUUGAAUUUAAGCUAAAAAGUAAUGAUGGAGAGGAACGAUUGGCUGUGGUACGACUUCUUGCAAAAUUGUUUGGUUCUAAAGACUCAGACUUGGCAAAUCAAAACAGACCUCUGUGGCAGUGUUUUCUUGGGCGUUUCAAUGAUAUUCAUGUUCCUGUCAGACUGGAGAGUGUCAAAUUUGCUAGUCACUGUUUAAUGAACCAUCCUGACCUGGCUAAAGAUCUCACAGGUGGGUUACUUCUAUAUUAUAUUAAGUUAAUAUGCUUAUUUAAGAAAACUGCUGAUGUUGCAGCAAACUCAAAUUUCUCUAUCUGCUCCAUUGGGGGACACGGACCAUGGAACAUCGUCCUACCGUCCUCUUGUCCGGCACCUUCUCAUUCCUGGAAGAGUUUGUUCCACAACCUGGUUCUGGGAGACAAGGAUUCUGCAGGUUCUUCGGUUAAACCGAAAAAAUCUAAACCUAAGAAAUGUGUUAUUUGCUAUAAGGAGUUUCCUGAAUCUGCUUCUAAACCUCUGU